AUGCCCUACAACAAUACGCCAAUCACGCCCUCGAAGGAAGUCACCGGAACAGUUGCCCUUCCCCGUGCGACCCCUCCCGGCGAAACCUGUAUAUGCAGCACUCACUGACUGCCUUGUUAGUCGCUCGAGUUAAGAAGAUUGUCAGCGCCGAUCCAGAUGUUGGAAACUGUAGCAACAAUGCCGCCUUCGUCAUCACUGUCGCAACCGAGAUGUUCCUGCAGCAUCUCGUUGAGCAGGCCUACACGCAAGUUCGGACGGAGAACACGCAGAAGCCGAGACGCAAUAUCCAAUACCGUGAUGUCGGUAUGCAUUGUCGUACUGCCCCAAAGAGAGACCGUCCAACUGACCUUCCUUAGCGAAUGCCGUCGCCCGCGUCGAGAACCUCGAAUUCCUAUCCGAUGUUGUGCCCAAGACGACUACCUUCAAACAACACAAACAAAAAGUAGCCAAGGAAGCGGCUGCUGCAGCGACGACAUCGAACUCUCAAGGCCCCAUGGACGGGCACCUGGGCGGUAAAGAGCGCGCAACAUCCAAUGGCGGGCCUUCAGAUCUCAUGGAAGUGGAUAGUCCGGAUGAGAGCGAGGAAGGCCAGCAGGCAGACUAA